UAUCCAAUAUGGCGGUCUUUUUCUAGUGGAGAAUUGUUUCAUCUCACAUGUGAUUAUAGGUAAUUUGGCAUCAUAUUUUGAACACUGACCGGUAUAACGACCUAAAAGAGUUAAAGCCAUCUCUGUUUAGAGGGGUAAUGCAUUGUGGAUGGUCACACUGAGCGUGCGGAUUCGCUUUGGGCACCACAGAAACUUGUGUUUGAAUACAGUUACCGCCAGCGAGUUCCCGCUAUCGAAGCAUCUAUUGUUCGCUAAAUGUCACGUUGUGGGAUUCUUGGAGGGUUGGCUUGUACACUCGAUUAAGAGGAUAAGAUAUUUUCAUGGAUUAUCAUGAGUGAUCAAGGAACCAGUGAACAAGCCAUCAAUGGACCUAAAUGCAUUGAAAUUCCACGAGGCUGGAGCCGGAUUCUUGAAAAUGGUUCCAUUUUGUACAUCAGUCCAAACAACAGCCGAUUGAGGUCCUUAGAAAAUGUGAUUGAGUAUCUCAAGACAGAUGGAACCUGUAAAUGUGGACUGGAGUGUCCCUUUUUCAUUCACAAAGUGUUCAACUUUGAUGCAAGAAUUCCAAGCAAGCCUAUUCUAGUGAACAGCAGAGCAGAACCUUUGCAAUCAGGGUGCAAACACUGUGUUAUUGACUAUUUGGAUGUUUCAAACAACCUUCAGCAGUCAUCAGAAGCCACAGGAAAUGAAGCUAGUGAUGCCAAACUGUCAGGAUUUUCAGCAGUGGCCCCUAAAAGAGGUCCAGGAAGACCUCGCAAUCCCUUAUCCAAGUCACGGAGAGUUGCUGUACUAAAGCAUGACCUUGACAGAUCAACCUCACCACUCCACAACAUUCCUCUUCCUGUUCCAAGCUCCAUUGCCAACAGUCCUGUCCAGAGUGUUCCAGCCAACAUUGCAGUUGAACAGGGCCCCUUGCCAAGCUUUGCGACCAUUGUGAGUAGUUCAAAACUCUUUAACCCAGGAGCAGGCCUGGGGAAUACUAAGUUGGUGAGUAGUACUGUAACAAGUGUGGUAAACGGCUCUCCUAUAGCAGCAGUGACAGCACAUCCAUCAAAAACAGCCACUACAACAGCUAGUGUUAACUCAGCUCCAAGCCACAGUGUCUCAGCAACUACAUCAGCUGUUACUACUUUGGCUACAAUGGGACAGACUGUAAUGGAAGUUACUAAAACUACAGCCUCUGUUGCAACCACAGUAGUUGUCAGUCAUCAGCACACAGCAGUUGCUGCAGCAUCACAACCGAUUAAAGACCAAACAGAAAAUACUCUGCCAAAGAGUACUAGUUCUUUGAUCUUUGGUGCAGCAAAUACUCCCUCAACCAAUUUGCCAUCCAAUAGUAAGGAACCUAGCAGGUUAACAAUAUCAAGUUCAGUGGCAUCAAUGGUGUCCACAAGCACAACAACAAUUUCAACUGGCACACAGGGUGUAAAGUCAGUUGCCAAUAUUAAUAAACUUCCUGAUGUCAAAGCUACACCCAAAGUGUCUGCUCCACGCACCAGCAAAGCAACGAAAUCUUAUGGACCAAGAAAAACAGUUGCAGCGACUCUCAAAGCUGCUGCUGCUGCGAAGGCAUCCAAUCCCUCAGCUGAUGCCGUAAAACCUGGUGUUAGUGACCUUAUUCAACGAACAUAUCAAACGACUUCUACUGCCGCUGCUUCUGUUCCCUCUUCUGAGAAGAAGCAGGCAGCCAGUAAUGCAUCGAAAUCUCCCGCACUGUCUACACCAAGUGUCGCAACUACUGUUCAAGCACCAGCGUUAUUCCAUAGUGUGCUUAAAGAUGCAAUAAUGAAUGAGCAAGGUAGCGCUGUUACUUCAACUUCACCAAGUAUAACUACUACUGUAAAAAAUAUUACCAGCACAACAAAUGCCGCACUCAAUCACAGCUUAAGAGGAUCUCAGUCUGCGAGUAGUGCUUCCUCUCGUAGUAAGUCUGCAGCAAACAAGGAAACAACCCAAGUGACAACAGCUUUGCUUCAUGGCGUCCAAGUGAGUCAUUUACCACCAAGUGUGUCCCAGAAGGUACCAGCUCACAGGCCUUCGCCACAACUGCCAGGAUACCCCAUUUCGUCAGGUGCCUUUGGCAGCCAAGCGCCACUUGCAACAACAAGUCAACAGCAGAAUGUUACAGCUGCCACCAUGGCUCAAAGUUCGGCUCAAACAUCAGCUCCUGUGAGCAUCUAUGGACAGGCGCAGCAUACAGCUGGCUCGUCUCAAAUACCAUCCUUGCAGAUCACAGCAUCGCAAGCUCAGGGAGGUGUUUUCUUUCAAGGCAACGGAAAUCAAGUAUUCCAAAUGAAUGUGGAUUCAAGCCAGCUGAAGGGCGCUUAUCAACUUCAUGGAGCACUUUACCAAGGGGCUAUUCCAGCGACAUUUCUUGCUACAACUAAUGUGAACAAGGCUGCAUCAUCUAAUACACCAGGAGGGAUCCCUCAUACGAUGUACCCCACGAACCCCUAUAUGCUUGGCAUUGUGAUGCCCGCUGCCUUAACGCAAUCUAUGCCAAACCAGCCUGGUCAAUCCGCACCAACAACAGCAACGUCUCCAUCAGCAACAGCUGCUGCGGCUGCGGCUGUUGCUGCGGCAACCCCAGUAGCGUCGUACUCUUACAAUAAUCAAAAUGCAGCAAUCGCUGCAGCAUUUGAGUCAUUUGUUCCCAUUGCACCAGCUGCGUCUCCAAGGUUUUCCCAAACUCUGGCUCAUUUAGCAAGUGCGUACACCCCAUUUUUGCCAAGGGGUGCUGUGCAAGGCAACGCCCCAGUGCAAUUUGCUGCACAAAGGAUGUUAUCGAUGGGAACGAUGCAUCCUCAAUCAGGUGGAAACGGUCAAAUGGGGCAGACAGUUCUUAAUCUUGGAGAUUACACCGUUAAAUAUCCACUAAAUACAGCGAAACCUGGAUCAUACGGUACACAAUCACCCUCUGUUAGUAGCGUAAGUCAAGCUAACACUCAUCAACAACAGACAGCUGUCGUUGCUGCAAUGCCAUAUGUCGCGUUCGGCCAAGUCAACCCUCCUCGCUUUCCGUUUUCUGUGAAUUUUGCGGCGCCAAGUGCCAGUACAACUCCGUCCGUGACAUCAUCUACGCCGUCACCAGCUUGUAGUUUCGUCACAUCUGCCACUACACCUCAUCAAUAUGGGGCCUGUAGUAGCUCAGAUUCCCACGCCGUGCCCGGGUAUGUGGCGAUGCCGUUUAGCACCAGCUCAGGAAGUACAACUCACUCUUCUUCAGCUCCCACCCCACAUCCUGGCAGUGCAUUCUCUCCUCCCUCCAGUCAUACGGCUACAAGCCACAGUAGUCAAAGGGUGGAUGUAUCAGGACCUGCUCCACACCUAUCUUCAUGGUGUGGAACUAAAAGUUUAACUGGAGCAACAAAUCAACGAAGAUGCAGUACUCCUGAGAGUACAAGCACAGGGGCUUGCAGUGUGGCUAAUUCAAGUGCUUUUUCUGUUCCAUCAAGCAGAAGUAGCUGUAUGGAAGUCAGUACUUCGUCUGUGACUGCGCCCAAAACACCAAGUUUCAGCCCGUCGCCCAGGCUUCCUGGAGUUACGUCUCCCUUGAACUCACCACUGACUAUGCUUCCUCCUAAUCAGGGGGUAUCUGCUUGCCGCGCGUCACCAAAGAGUGAUUCAUCCCUUUCAAGCGGUAGAAGCAACGUAGAAAGCGUUCCGUCUCGUUGUCAAUCGUUAAGUGUGAAUGAAAGUCACCCGACGAAAACGUCUUCAUCUGAUACUUCUUGCGCUCCUAAGAGAGCUUCUUAUAGUGACUCUAGUGAUCAAUCCAAAAAGGCGAAAUAUGAUGAGUCAGCGUAUUAUGAAGCAUAUCCGCUACUGGGUCUGAAGAGAUCUUGUGAGGCCAUAGAAGCGUAUUGCAGCCCAGAGAGAGACGAUGAGGAGGAGGAGGACAAUGAAAUAGGUGAUCGUACGGUGUCAAAAAACGAUUCACCUUCCCCUGUAAACCACCAAUCAGGGGAAGAAAAUGUAACCAGCAAAAAAUGUAGCAACUUAAACAACGAAAACGGCAGCAGAGGAUUAGCAAACAGCGACAAUGAACCAGUCAGCGACAAGCGCCAGUCUCACUCGGUGUAUAACGGAGACGUUUCAGCCAAUCAAAAAGAGAGAUCACGAGACCAAAGUGUACAAAUGGUCACUGACAACGCGUUUCCUAAUGUCAAGACGAAUCCCAUGUCAUCUAACACGCCCAAUAACCAAGAAUGUCUGCGUGGGCCUUCCGUACCCAUUACAAGACCCCAGUUUGAUAUCGGUGAUAUUGUAUGGGCACAGGCGAGGGGACUGCCAUCUUGGCCGGGCAAGGUCGUGGAUGCAAGCGAGGUUGGGAAAGGAAGACCUGAUGAUGGAAAGCGGUGGGUGAUGUGGUUUGGUGACCAUACAUUCAGUCAAGUUGAAGUGGAUAGACUCAAGACUCUCUCUGAAGGACUUAGAACACUCGACGACAAAGCUCGCAAGAAAAAGUACAAGGCUAAGAAGGCAAGGAUUGGGUUGGAACAAGCAAUUAGUGAGGCUUUAGAGGCUCUCGAUGUGAGGGAACGUCUUCGAGGUAGGCAAGCUUCCAGAUCGAAAGCCAAAAAGAAACGCCUUAGAUGACGACGCAAGCAGCAAUUGAAUCGUAUUUGAAUUCUUUUUAAGUGGGUCUCGUAGAAUUUGUGCUUAUAUUAUAGACAAGUAGUAAUAUAUUACUGGUACUAAACCAAACACGCAAGCUAAGUACACAGGAAGUUAGUGGUUAUGAAGUACUCAUUUACUACAAAUAACUUUUUAUCUUUAGAGCCAAUUUUUUGAGCAGAAAGAGAAACAGAACCUUUUCUCCAUAAUGAGUUUCUUAGCAAUUAAUCCUAAUUCUGCAAUCUUUUGUAGACUAAAAAAACACAGGAAAACUUAAUUGAUAUGUAAUAAUUUCAAUCAGGGCCAUGUGUAUAAGUAUCUUUUAAAAAAUCGAAGCAAAAACGUGCAGCCGACCCUAUGUCAUUUAAUUGGCUAAGGGGACGAUGGUCACAGUAUGAUAUGCGUAUUCUGCUAACCAGUAACCCACGGUUAGAAAACUGGGUCGAGUACUCGAAGUCGAGGCUUUAAUCUAUAAGGCAAACAAACUCUUCUUUUGUGGUUUGACUUGUGUCUUCUGUUUUUUUUUGUCGUGU